AUGAUGAUGAUGAUGAUGAUGAUGAUGAUGAUGAUGAUGAUGAUGAUGAUGAGAUUUUGGUGGGAUUUUGGUGGUGGUGGUGGUGGUGGUGGUGGUGGUGGUGGUGGUGGUGGUGGUGAUGAUAAUGAUGAUGAGUAUGAUGAUGAUGAUGAUGAUGAUGAUGAGGAGGACAUAAUAAUAAUAAUAAUAAUAAUAAUAAUAAUAAUAUGA